AUGUCUUCAGCAGGACGUGGCCGCGGCGGCAAGUUCAACAAGGUCAAGCGCGGAGGCGGCAAGAAGUUCUCGCGCGACCUACAACCGCUGAAUGCAGAUGGCGAGGUCGUCGGCAUGUGGGGUGACCAACCCGACAAAGUCGACGAGGAGUCCUCUGAAGAAGAAGAAUCUUCCGAGGAAGAGUCCGGCGAGGAGGCUGGCAAGCCCGAACAAGAAGAGUUGACGCGUGAGCAGCGCCGUGAACUCGCAAAGAAGCGCAAGGCGGCCGCGAUUGCGAAGAAGUCACAGAAGACCCCCGAGGCAGGCGACAUGCCCACCGACUCCUCUGAGGACGAAGACGAUGAUAUGCCCGCGAACCCAAAUCACACUGCAAAAGCCCGUACACAAGCCACAAAGGCCCCUGUCGAUCCAGAAGCUGAGCCCAUCGCUAAGGGAAAGGGAAAGCAACAGGACCUCUCCCAGCUCUCCCGCCGCGAGCGUGAGGCUCUCCAGGCGCAAGCCAACAAAGAUCGAUACGACAAACUACACGCUGAGGGCAAGACUGAGCAGGCGCGAGCCGAUCUGGAGCGCUUGAAGCUGGUUCGUGAGCGCAGGGACGCUGAGGCUGCGCGAAAGAAGGCUGAGGCAGAAGAGCGUGCUGAGCUGGAGAAGGAGAAGAAGGAGCUCAUGGAGCGUGAGAACAGGCGGCGAGAGCAGGCCAAGGGCAAGGCCGAACGUCUUGCUAAGGGCGGCAAGAAGAAGGCCUAG